UGAUCUUCGCCCUCCCAAAAUAAAUCAAAGAACCCCAAAAGAGAAAAAGCAAAGCCGCUCAAACCCUAACCCUAGUUUUCCUCGAUUUCUCCUUCUCUCAUGGUGGAUCUCAGCCUCACUCUAGUUUUCUAGGGUUCGAUCGCCAUGCCCGACCUCAGCAAUCUUCUUCCAGUGCUCCAGCCUUGUACUCCCACUUACCUCGCUGAUGUUGGAUCUGUGGGUCAGAACCGUAAGUGGAGUAGGAGAUCGCGGUUCCCGGUCGUGAAGAGGGAUCGUAUGGGGGGGAAGAAGUUGGGUGGUGGAAAGUCGCUGGAGGAGUAUGUUAAGGCUUGGACGGAGAAGAAGAUUGCCGAUGGAUCUGAUGAGAAGCAAUGUUCUUUGCCUUUUCUUGACAAUGCUCCCAGGAUGGUUGAAUGCUGCAAUUGUAGCAAAUGUAUCUAUCCCGGGGAGGAACUAUCAUGCUCUGUUUCUCGUUGCCGAGUAGUCUACCACAGGACAUGUGCUCCUGAACUUGCUGGAUUAUCCAAGUCUAGAAAGUUCAAGUGUCCUCAACAUGCUUGUUUCAAUUGCAAAAAGAAGUCACAUUGGCGUUGCGUUCGAUGUACAAUGGCAACACAUCCUCAUUGUUCACCUUGGCCUACUGAAGUGCGAAGCUUACCAAAUCAACCUGGAUGGGCUGUUUGCUGGAAGCAUCCUGCAGAUUGGCGUAUGUUAAACAAGCACGCAGAUCUUACGGGUGACAUAGAGGAAGCAUUUCAGCGUUUGCCUCUUCCUUAUAUAGACGAGGAGUUUAGUGUUGGCAUGAAUUGGAAAGAUUUCAUGGAGAGCCAAGCUGAACCUGCUCCUUACGUCCAUAUCAAACGCAACAUUUACCUGUUCAAGAAGAAAAGGGACUAUGCUAAUGAUGAUGUCGGAUGCAGAAAUUGCACUUUUGAUUCCACUUGUAGAAGCGAUUGUGAAUGCAGGGGUCUUUCAAUCAGCUGUUCAAAGGCUUGCCAUUGUGCAGACUCAUGCCAAAAUAGACCUUUCCGCAAAGACAAGAAGAUCAAAGUAGUCAAGACAAAAUUAUGUGGAUGGGGAGUUGAGGCAUUGGAAAGCAUUGAGAAAGGAGAUUUUGUAAUUGAAUAUAUUGGUGAAGUCAUUAAUGAUGCGGCGUGUGAACAAAGGCUUUGGGACAUGAAACGCCGAGGUGAUCAAAAUUUCUACAUGUGUGAAAUCCGCAAAGACUUCACAAUUGAUGCAACUUUCAAGGGAAACGCUUCUCGUUUCUUAAAUCACAGUUGCGAUCCCAACUGUAAACUAGAGAAGUGGCAAGUUGACGGGGAAACACGUGUGGGUGUUUUUGCCUCUCGUUCCAUCAAACCUGGAGAGCCUUUGACAUAUGAUUACAGAUUUGUUCAUUUUGGAUCCAUGGUCAAGUGCUUCUGCGGGGCCUCAAACUGCCAAGGUUUUUUAGGAAGCAAGAGAAAGAACAAUGAGAUGACCAUGUCCUGGGGAUGCAAACGACCAAGAACAGCAAUCAAAGUAAAAGGUAAACAACUGAUUCAUUUAAAUGUGAUACCAUUUUAGUCAUUGAUUCUUUGUCACAACAAAUUGGCGAUAUAAGAUCACACGCCCUGUGCCAUUUUCAAUUGUGUUGUAUUCAUUCCAAACUUUGAACUGCGUCAUUGGACACAGUAAAGCAGCAUUUGAUUUUCAAA